AUGUCUUCUGAUUUAUUUGUAUUCGAAAACCCAGUGUUUUCUUAUCCAUUUUCUGAUUCUCCGAUUCACCCAUUUCAUGAUAUUUUCCAAGAACUUGAAGAAAAUGGCAAAAAUGGUUUAAAUUUGCUUCAAGAAAAAAUUCCUUUUGAUGAAAUCAAUUCUUUGGACCAAAUUGCCAGUACUCAGUUUGAGAAUCUGUCCUCGUGUCAUUUAACAAAUGAUGAGAAUUUUACUUUAGAGGUUAAAACAAAGGAAGAUCAAUUCCCUUUUGACAGUUUCUCGGAUUUUGGAAAUUCAAAUCCCCAUGAGAUUUAUGAUGGUGCUGCUGAAUCUGCAGUGAAGUUCAUGCACAGGAGUUAUAGCAGCAAUUCUUUUGUAAAUGAACCGAAUUUUCUGUUUCAACCUCGAUUUGAUAAUCUUUUUGAGUCUCAAAAUUUGCAAAAUGAUAUGCUGAAUUCCCCAGAAAGCAGUUUCUCUUCUGGUCAAAUGAGAAGGGUUUGUAGCACUGGAGAUUUACAGAAGAUGAAAGCAAAAAUGAAAACCCGAAAUUUGUCGUCUUCAAGUCCAUUAUCAAACGUAAAGUCAUUGAAUGAAGAAGCAAAUGUUAAAGCCUGGCGGUAUACUGCAGAAGAGAGGAAAGAAAGGAUUGAUAGGUACAGAGCAAAGAGAACUAAAAGAAACUUCAACAGGACAAUUAAGUAUGUGUGCCGUAAGACGCUGGCCGACAAUCGACAAAGAAUACGUGGAAGAUUUGCACGGAACGAUGAAGCACGAGAGACUCACAAAGCUUCAGUGUGUAAUAGAUAUGAAGAAGAAGAUGAUCUUUGGGUCGACAGAUUUCACGACGAUGGUGGAAUUAUACAAGGACGAUCAUUCUUUGACAGCUCCCGACCACAUCAGUAUCAGAAUAACUACUGCUGA